GCGGUGCCGCUCCGUGGCCGGACCCGGACCCGGAUGCGGAUGUGACGCACAAUGCGGAAGUGCCGCGCCGUAGCCGGGCAGGUGCCACCAUGGCAGCGGCGGGAGCGGGGGGCGGCGGCGGCAGCGUCAACCCGGGGCCGUCGGCAGUGUCGCGACGGGUGAAGUACGCCAGCCUGGGGGUGCUGGUGGUGCAGAACGCUUCGUUGGUGCUGAGCAUCCGCUACGUGCGCACGCUGCCCGGGGACCGCUUCCUGCCCACCACCGCCGUCGUCGCGGCCGAGGCGAUGAAGGGCGCCGCCUGCCUCUUCCUCCUCCUCCUCCAACACCGCGGCAGCGUCCGUCAGACGGCGGCGACGCUGCGCGAGGCGGUGGUGGGGCAGUACGGCGACACGCUGCGCCUGGCCGUGCCCUCCCUCGUCUACACGCUCCAGAACAACCUCCAGUACGUCGCCAUCUCCAACCUCCCCGCCGCAACCUUCCAGGUCACGUACCAGUUAAAAAUCCUGACGACGGCGCUUUUCUCCGUCCUGCUGCUGGGCACCUCGCUGUCGCGGUCGCAGUGGGCGUCGCUCGCCCUCCUCUUCGCCGGAGUCGCGCUGGUUCAGGCCGAACAAGCCCGCGGCGGUGGCGGCGCCGCCGCGCCGGGGGUUUCGCCGCAACCGCCCGAAGGUCCCCGUCAAAGUUACGCGGUGGGUUUGGCGGCGGUGGCGGCUUCCUGCCUGUCGUCUGGUUUCGCCGGCGUUUAUUUCGAGCGGUUGUUGAAAACCUCCGGCGGUUCCAUCUGGCUCCGUAACGUCCAACUGGGCGCGGUGGGGACGGCGGUAGGUUUGGCCGCCAUGUUCGUCGUCGAAGGAUCUUCCGUCGCAACUUUGGGGUUUUUUUACGGUUACAACCCGGCCGUUUGGGCGGUCGUGGUGAAUCAAGCCGCCGGCGGGUUGUUGGUCGCCGUCGUGGUCCGUUACGCCGAUAAUAUCUUGAAGGGUUUCGCUACGGCGCUCUCCAUCUUGGCGUCCACCGUCGCGUCCGUUCAUCUCUUCGGUUUCCGACCCGGCGUCGCGUUUUUGGCCGGUACCGCCAUGGUCCUGUUCGCCGUUUACCUCUACGGGCGACCGCGCCGAGGCGGCGAUGGCGGCAGCGGCGGCGACGCGGGACGGCGGCGACACGGCGGCGGCGGCGAUGAUGGCGGCGGCGGCGGCGGCGACGCGGGAUGGCGGCAGGAGGGUGGCGGCAAGUCAGUGGGGGCGUGA